AUGUAUGUUUCUGUCAGGAGUAUACUGAGAACGGCGUAUCGCCUAUACUCAACAAAACCUAGAGACACUCCGUUCUUAUCGGACUUGUUGAAUAGAAUCGACAGGAUUAGUGCCAAGUCGAAGACAUUGAAGGAAACCAAGUCUGCUGGCAACAUUGGGCAGAAACAAGAGCUUAAGAGAAAUCAGAACAAGCAGCCAAGAGAUGCAGCUUCGCGUAAGGUAUCUUCUGGUGAAAAGAUCAAGGUAAGCGACCAUCCAUUGUUUACGAACUCUUUCAAACAAGAAAAGGAUGUCAGACGUCCAAGGAGACAAAGAAAUGCUGAUGGUAAGGGCCCAAGAAAAGAUGGAGCACCUAGCAAGGCACCUAAUAAAAAUAAUAGGAAACCUUUUCCUCGAAGAGAUACAAGGGCAUCCAGAAACGACAAUCAAGGAAGUGGUAUCGCGAGGACCCAGCAGUUUACCAAUAAGACCAUAAGGGCCGAACCUUUAAAGCCAGUUUUAAAUGCAAGUACCUUUACUUAUGGCAAAAUAACUACCUUGAACUCAUGUUUAAGCUCAAGAGUUGCAUCAGUCACAAAAGAAACAUUAAUUUCUUCCAAUUAUCCUUACCAAGUGCCACGAACUUUAAUUGACCGCCUUGACGAUGUACCAAAAAAUAGGUUUUUAUUGCAAAAAAACUUUACUCUAGAUAUCGAUCCUGAAACUUUGAGCAAGAGAAUCAAUGAAGUGGUCCGUGGGAAAUGGGAAGACCUCAAAUUUGACCCUGCGGACUUUAAAGAUGCUUCAAGCUUAAAACGUGCUAACUUCAUCAAGGAUGAGUUAAUGAGAAAUGGUGAUUUGUCACUUUCUGAUAAGACCAUUAUGUUUAACGCCGCCUCUGGGUUGAAAACUCCAAAGCAAUUAGUUCAAGGGGCAUCCUGGAAUCAGAAAUAG